CGUCAUAGACCUGCGACAUUCCUUCAUGUGGAUUUUCAAAAUGGCGUAAUUUGAACGAAAACAAUGUGGUGUUGAAAACUAUUGUGGGGAAACGAGAGGAUUUAAUUUCAUUCACCGCACCAGCAAUUAUAAAUCCUGCCACACUAUGACGGUGUGCAACUUUUGGAUGCAAGGCCGGUGUCGAUAUGGCGAUAAGUGUUGGAAUGAGCACCCAAAAGGAGGUGGUGGUGGAGGAGGAGGCGGCGGCGGUGGUGGAAAUUACAGCAACCGUCCCCCUCAACAGUCCAACAGAGGAGGAGGAGGAGGAGGGUUUGGGAACAGAGUGUGGGUGAACCCAGCUCAGAGGUCUGGAGGAGGAACCUACGUCCAGCCAUCAUCCUUCUCCUCCCAGCAGGGUGGGGAUGACUGGGGCAGAGGGGGAGGAGGAGGGGGAGGGGGAGGUGGUGGCAACAACUGGGGUCCAGGUGGAGGAGGAGGAGGAGGAGGAGGAGGAAGAGACAGCCAAGUCAAGAGUUCCAAUUUCAGUUUUGCAGCCGCCUCUCCAAACCAAAACAGAUUUUCUGCCUUGAGCACACAGAGCAGCUUUGACAGGGGUGGGAGUGAAGGGGAGGACAAUGAAAAACACUUGGAGACCAUCCAGAAAGACAUGGAGAUCUGGGAGACUUCAGGACAGUGGCUUUUCUCCUGUUACUCUGUCCUCAAAGAAACCAUCUCAGGUAAGACGAAACAGAAGGAGCUGAGACUGGAGUACUACAACACCAAGCCAACAGGAGACCUGCAGGGUUAUGUUAACGUCAUCAAUCAGCUGCUCAACCAAUGGAGAAGCAGAGUCCAGGAGCUGAGGGCUAUGAGCGGCAYCACCAGAGUCGCUAUGCUUGCAGAGCUGGACAACCCAGCACCACAGGCAGCGUCUGGAGGUUUUGCGACCCCAGUCACCGGCUUUGGGUCCUGACCAUCUGGCUUUGGAACGGGUUUUGGAGUGCCAGCCCAGGCUCCAGUCCAGGACACCUCAGGCGUCAACAGUUUCAGCUUUGCUGCUCCGAGUGCAGGAGGCUUUGGUUCGUCUGCUCCCAAGCCUGCAGCUUCUGGUUUUGGCAGUGCUGUGGUAGGCGCCACACCAGCCCCCGCUGGAAUCGGUUCUACGGCCWCCUCUGCUCCCUCGGRAGCAGGUUUUUCCUUCGCAGCGCCUGCUGCCGACAAAGACCCAACUACUGCCGUUUUCGGAACUUCUGCUUCAGGGUUUGGAGCUGCUGCCUCUGCUUCCGGGUUUAGCUUCAACUCGACGACCACUAGUGGAGGAGGAUUUAGUGGAAGUGGUUUUGGGAGUGCAGCCCCGGUGGCUGCAAGUGGUUUUGGACAGGCGCGUGGAGGGUUUGGGGGUAUGGUAGCAGGAACAGGGGCGGCUGGGGGGGCAGCAAACAGUCUCUUCUCCCCCCAGAGCCAGCUGAGUGAAGAGGAACUGAAGGAGUUUGGAGGGAAAAGGUUCACCCUGGGACAGAUACCACUCAAACCCCCCCCUGUUGAUAUGCUGGUUGUCUGAUCCCACCGUGGAACC